GGGACGGGCUCGGGAAGAGGGAAGCGGCCCCGGAUGGAAGCGGCCCCGGGCGAGGGCUGCCGGCCGCGGCUGCAAGCGGUGGGAGAAGCGGGGGCGGAAGAGCCCCUCCUCGUGGCUGAGCUCAAGCCGGGACGACCCCAACACCAUGACUGGAAAUCCAGCUGCGAGACCUGGAGUGUUGCCUUCUCCGCCGACGGGACGUGGUUCGCCUGGUCACAGGGCCACUGCGUGGUCAGGCUGCUCCCGUGGCCUUUACAGGGGGCUGAGCACCACGGCAAAGCUUUGGAACCCAAGAACCAGCGUGCAAAAACCAAGGCCAAGGGCUAUGGCGGGACCAAGGAGAAGAUCUUGGAAUGCGGACAGAUUGUCUGGGGCCUGGCUUUUAGUUCGUGGCUGCCGUCCCAACCACAUAAGUAUCGCCGUAGGAAGGAAACAUGUCCUUGCUUGAUCCUGGCCACGGGAUUACAUGACGGGCAGAUUAAAGUCUGGGAAGUAGAAACAGGGAAUUUGCUUUUUCACCUUGUGGGGCACCACGACGUGGUGAGGGAUUUGAGCUUUGCACCCGGCAAUCCUUGUUCUAUUCUCGUCUCUGCAUCCCGAGACAAAACCCUUCGAGUUUGGGACCUCGGUCAAAACGGGAAGCAAUUGAAAGUGCUGUCUGGGCAUUUGCAGUGGGUUUACGGUUGCUCCAUUUCUCCCGACGGUCAGAUGCUCUGCUCCGUAGCCGGAGAGAAAUCGGCUCUGCUCUGGAGUAUGAACUCCUAUUGCCUGCUGCGGAAACUAGAGGGUCACCAAGGCUGUGUCGCGUCCUGUGACUUUUCUCCAGAUUCUGCUCUUCUGGCCACAGCUUCCUACGACACCUGCGUGAUCCUCUGGGAUCCCUGUACGGGGGAGAAGCUGAGAUCCCUUUGGCAUGUUCCCUUGCAACCUGCAGUGGACCAAGGUGGGAACUUCCUCACCAGCUCCCUAAGGUCUGUGUGUUUCUCACCUGAAGGCCUCUACCUUGCCACGGUGGCAGACGACAGGCUCCUCCGGAUCUGGGCAUUAGAGCUUGAGAGUCCUGUUGCUUUUGCUCCCGUGAGAAACGGUCUCUGCUGCACUUAUUUCCCACAUGGUGGGAUCAUUGCAACGGGGACCAGAGAUGGUCACGCCCAAUUUUGGACAGUCCCUCAAGCUUUAUCGUCUCUGAAGCACUUAUGUCGGAAGGUUCUCCGCGGCUGCUUCACUAGCUACCAAGUCCAGGCGCUCAGCAUUCCCAAGAAGAUGAAAGAAUUCCUCACCUACAGGACUUUAUGAUGUUGGCCCCAAAGGAGGUGUUGCCUGGCCUUGUGUUGCGCACGCAAGACAAAACUCUUCGGGAUGCCAAGCAAGGAAGCAGCAUCAUUUCCUAGCUGAGAAAAUGACCAAGGAUGCUGUUGGCAAAUCCUCUUUUUCUGAACUAGCCGCGCGGAAGAAAUCUUAAGGCAUACUAAAAUUUGCCAGUUACCCUCCCAGACUUGGAAUUACUGGAAUGCGGGUUUGACACCCACAGCUGCCUCUCCGACAUUAAAGAAAACAAAACACCUCAGGACACAGAAGGAAACUAUAAUGGUAAGGGUGUCAUUAUUUAGUCAACCAGCGGCAACUUUUCUAGUCAUUCUGGAGUUGCUUUUGGUUCCUGUUUGUCCAUUGCGUAGGUAGGAAAAAUCAGGUUCGGAUCUCCUCCAGGAACGCAAACGUGGAAUUUGAAAUCUUUCCUGCAUUAGUAGGCUACCGGAUGAAGCUUUUAAGUUUAUGCCGCCUACCGGGAGAUGGAAAUCAAAGCUCUUGAUUUUAUUUUUUAUUUUUUGGGGGGGUGGCUGGCUUGAACGGGGAAACACCAGAGGUACGUUAUCAAGAUCAAUGAUCUCAGAACAGUUUGGGGUGUGUCCCCCACCUCGAAGACCGAGAGCGCAAAAACGGCCAAUUGAUGGAUAAAGCAGCGAGAGAUUUCUUGUGUUCGGAUCGCAACGCAAAACCGAAGAGAAGUAUGGUGAAAUUUUGGAAGACCUACCUUGUUUCCCAAAAUAAGACAUCCCCUGAUAAUAAGCCCAAACGGGCUUUUGAGCGCAUGGCAAAUAAGACCAAGCGCUUAUUUCAGGGUUCAAAAAAAUAUAAGACAGGGUCUUAUUUUUGGGGAAACACGGUAAGACAGUGAUGGCUAGCCUUUUUUUUUUGUCGUGUGCUGAAAGUGCGUCCAUGCGCCAGCACCCAUAAUGCAAUGCGCGCACGACCCCCCCCGCCCAUUUUUGGCCUAGCAGGCCUCCCUGCAGCCUCCUGGGCCCAAAAAUGGGACCGGGGGGGCGGUGAGCUGCACUCCCCCAUUUCCCGUUUUGGGCCUAGCAGGCCUCCCUGCAGCCUCCUGGGCCCAAAAAUGGGACCGGGGUGGGUGGGCGGUGAGCCGCACUCCCCCAUUUCCCGUUUUGGGCCUAGCAGGCCUCCCUGUAGCCUCCUGGGCCCAAAAAUGGGACCGGGGUGGGUGGGCGGUGAGCCGCACUCCCCCAUUUCCCAUUUUGGGCCUAGCAGGCCUCCCUGCAGCCUCCUGGACCCAAAAACCUGUCGGGGGGGCACGCCAUACCCCCCGUGCUCCGCUCCCCAUACAUGCACAUGCAUUUCCUGCAUGCGACCCCCCCCCCUCCAUCCCAAAGAUCAGCUGGCCGGCGGGAGGUGCGCUCCUGCCCAUGCAUGGUUUUGCUGAGCUGGGCGACAGCUCGCCUGCUUGCAGAGAGGGCUCUACUUGCCAGCUGUGGCAUAGGCUUGCCAUCAUGGACCUAGGAAUUCCCCAGAUGUGGGAAGGGUGCAAAUUUUUGCACCAUGAAAGAGUAUAUAAUAAGCGGCCGGCUUGUUAAAAUUGGGAGAACGGAUGCGAAGAAUUUGAGGGCGGACGGAAAUCAAAGGGAGUUUGUUCUGCCCAGCUGGUGUAAAUUAUCCUGGAUGGAGCCUGAUGGGAGAUCUGAAUCUAUCAGAUGGUGGGAGCGAGGAUGGUUGUUGUAAGGAAAUUCUUAACUCCGCAUCUAAAUUUAGGAAUCUCCUUAUAAUAAGAGCUGUCAGCCAGUGGAAUAGUGGGGGGGCGGGGGGGGGGAAACAAAGAGUUGUUCCUAGCCACUUUUUUUUUUUUUUUUUUACAUUUACAUUUUACAUUUAUACCCCGCC